AUGAGUACAUUUGGAAGCCCAGGAGGUCGGCAGAUCAAUUCAAAGCCUAUACCGCCGGAGCGCGGUAGCUUUCCCCUUGAUCAUGACGGGGAAUGCAAGGAUGUCAUGAAAAGCUAUCUGGCGUGCAUGAAGAAGGUCAAAGGGUUGAAUGACCCGGAAUGCAGGAAUCUGGCAAAAUCAUAUCUGGCUUGCCGGAUGGAUAGGAAUCUUAUGGCGAAAGACGAGUUCAAGAAUCUGGGAUUCCACGACGACAAACCGGCCGAGGAAGCCAAGAAGGAUGAUGGCGCAGAUAAAGGAGUGAAGGGCGAAAUAAGGUGGUAG